UCAACCGCUUCUGAUUUCCUGCGUUUUCAAAAUCUCGACGCUGGCACAGUGAGCUAAUUAACUCUUAGUGCGAAGUUUUCCCAAGCGGAUUUCAAUCGGUUAUCUCGUCUUUUCAUCUGGAGUAUGAGACGAAAUAAAACUGUUAUCGUUGCCGGAAAAGUCGUGUAGCGUUUUCAACGUUAUGAAGCGUUUUGAAGAACGAUGAAUAAUUAUAUUUUCAUCAGGGUCGUUGGUAAGGGGAGCUAUGGCGAAGUGAACUUGGUCAAAAACAAAACUGACCGAAAACAGUAUGUUAUCAAAAAGCUGAAUUUAACCACCUCCUCCAAGCGAGAACGGCGUUCUGCAGAGCAGGAGGCCCAGCUUCUGUCCCAGCUUCGUCACCCUAACAUUGUGACGUACAGGGAGUCUUGGGAAGGAGAUGACUGCCAGCUGUACAUUGUGAUGGGUUUCUGUGAAGGCGGUGACCUUUAUCAUCGACUCAAACAGCAAAAGGGCGAACUCUUACCUGAGAGGCAGGUGGUUGAGUGGUUCGUCCAGAUAGCCAUGGCACUACAGUACCUGCAUGAGAGGAACAUUCUUCACCGGGACCUUAAAACGCAGAAUAUCUUCUUGACAAAGACUAAUAUUAUCAAAGUUGGGGACCUUGGCAUUGCACGAGUUUUGGAGAACCAGAAUGAUAUGGCCAGCACGCUCAUUGGGACCCCUUACUACAUGAGUCCGGAGCUCUUCUCUAAUAAACCCUACAACCACAAGUCAGAUGUAUGGGCCCUGGGCUGCUGUGUGUAUGAAAUGUCCACUCUGAAACAUGCCUUCAAUGCCAAGGACAUGAACUCCCUGGUUUAUCGCAUUGUUGAAGGAAAGCUGCCACAGAUGCCCAGCAGGUAUGAUCUACAGCUGGGAGAACUGAUCAAGCGCAUGCUGUGUAAGAGACCUGAAGACAGACCUGAUGUCAAACUUAUCCUCCGGCAGCCCUACAUCAAACGACAAAUUGCUAUGUUCCUAGAGGCCACCAAAGAAAAAACUGCCAAGUCAAGAAAGAAAGCCGUUGGUGGCAGCAGUGAUUGCAGGGCCACCAGUGCAACAUCUGUGGCAUCUUCUCUGCCAAAGCCUGAGAGAAGUCCGCAGCUUGAACCGCUGUCUAGGGGGAAAUGUAAAGAAGAUAAAUCGCAUGAACAUAAAGUUCGGGACGGCUUCAAAGACGACACUCCGGACCAAACGCCACGGCCACCCAAAUCGUCCUCAGCUGAUGUCCUUAAAGCCAGCAUCGCAUCCCUGGCAACCAUCAGCAACAUUAAUGUCCAACUGCAAGAGGAGGAGGACCCUAAGAAGGGACUUGUGCAGGGGUCCCAGGCAGUUGUGUCGCACCAACAUGUAGUUAAUGAGCCUAUGACUCACAGCGUGUACAAAGAAAGCAAGGGGAGAAGAAAACCUGAUCCCUCUCCACCUCCUUCCCCUGUCAAGCCCCCUCUGAAGUCGGGUGUUGGCAGAUGGGGAGCAGAUGAGAGGCGGGAAUCCAAUGGGUUGUUAGACAUCCAUCCGCAGGCUCCGGCAAGCCCUGGGGAUACAUUUUCCAGCGAUGGGGAGAAACCGAUGUCAGAUGUUGGUGGUAAGGACGAUACCAUGGAGUUACUUAAAGAAGCUGACAUGCAGAAGCCAAAGCUGGGAGUUGGGAGCGACUGGGCAUUUUCCAACGUUGAGAGGAGAUCCGCACACAAAUCCAACGUAGAUCAUAUUGAAACGGUUGUGGAAGUAAAUAUGGAAAGUGACACUGUUACCCUUCUCAAGGGGGCUCCGACACAACACCGUACUUCAGGCAUCCAAGAUAGCCUAGAAUCUACUGAAAAGCUGUUAGAGCCGUUACUGACGGAGCCUGUUGUAGAGGAAUUGCCCUCACCUGCCACUAAGCUGGGUCAGAACACUCCAUACCACCCUCCUCUGUUCUCAUCAGACCCGUCUAUUUCACAGCAGCACAGAGGGAGGGACAUCAGACAGACACAAGGGGAUCAUGACAAGUCCAAGGUGGCUGCUCCUAGACCUUUACCUCCUCCUCCGGUUGAGAGCAUAGCGAUGGACGACAGGAAGAGGAGCAGGAGGGGCACGGAGGGAAAGAAAGCCUGUGUAGCUGCAACCUCCAUAUCAGUUAGCUCCUCUAAGGAUGGGCUCCUACCACUGCCACAGGAUCGUCCUCUGUCUGCCAGAGAGAGGAGAAGACUGAGGCAGUCUGUGGAGAUCGCCAGCCAACCAGGUGUUGGUGUUAUAAGAAGGGCAUCCUAUGAUGUCUCUUCCACCAAGGAUGAGCACUGCAAUGCUCCGGUUGCCAGAUCUGUUUCAGCCUCCAAUUUUGGGUCUAGCUCAAAGGAGGAUAAAUUACCAGAUCAAAGGUCAGAUGAAGAUGAAUGCAGCUCAUCCACAAGUUCCACAGAACGUUCGGAAGGAGACUGCAAGGAAAGGAAGACUGAAUCGAGAGACAUGCAAGAUUUAGUCCACAUGAUGACCCAGACGUUGAGAAUGGAUAUUGGAGACUGUGUGGGUGAGGUGGACAAAGACCGAUUUGGUUCUACUGCCGUACCAGAAUUUAAGCUGAACAGGAAGUACAGAGAUACCCUGGCGCUUCACGGGAAGGCUCGAGGUGAAGCAGAGAACUUGUCACUGGGUGAAAUACCAAUCGGCUCCACCUCUGGUCCAGCCAAGAUCAGGAGAGCAAUAGAACACUUGAGGACAGAUGUGGUGAAAGGUCUCGGGGUCAAACUGCUGGACCGAGUUUUGGAAAUCAUGGAGGUGGAGGAUGACACCAAACGAGAACUGUGUCUUCGUGACCAGAUGGGAGAUGAGAAGUACCAAGCUUACGCUGUGAUGGUGAGACAGCUGAAAUUCUUUGAAGAUAUUUCCGUCAACGUUUAGUGAAAAUGCUGUAUAUACAGAGGAGCAUACGCGCUUACAUUUCUAUGACACCAAUUGUUAGAAUGGGCAAGCAUCUUGGAAGAUCUCCAAAGGUAACUGGUAGAAAUUUGACAGUUUGAGUAUGAACAAAUGUUUUGACACUAUUGUGAAUGAAAAUCAGUUUCCUGUAAAAAAAUUUUUAGAGCAGCUGCUCUUAUGCGAACAAUCUAAUGACCGAAGUUGUUUUUUGUCCUCAUUCUUCAAACUGAAUGUAUUACUUGUAUUCUUACUGUAGUUUUCAAGAUGUCUAUGCAAAGAUUGAAGUCAUGUUAAAGAUUUUUAGUGAAUACUUAUGAUUUACUUAAAUAAUGUGAUGCAGAUGUAUUGUAGAUAUCUUUUUUUGUUUAGCACAACCUUUUUCCAUAAUGUUGAACACUACAAUAAAAUGUUUCCUUGAGAUUGACAAAAAAAGUUAAAAAACGUCU